GGAGGGCUGUGACAGAGCUGGAGAGAGAGAGAGAGAGAGAGAGAGAGAGAGAGAGAGAGAGAGAGAGAAAGAGAGAGAGAGAGGGAGGUAGACUUUUCUUUGUAAUUCCGACCUCUGUCCUUCACUCCUUUUCUGAUUUUCACUUGGAAUACAGGCUGGAAUAAACUCUCACAAAUCCGCGCUCAUCGCAGGUGUCAUCAGUUUGACUGUAUAAAAUAAAUGGACUAUAAGGCAAAACUGAUGAAGACAUCUCCAGUAUUUAAAGGAUUCAUCUUUUUGACUGGAAGGUCAAUGUCAGAAUGAACUAAUGAGGCUGAUUAGAACUUUCUGGUCCAUAUAAUGUUAAAGGCAACAGUAUAGCAGGUUUUUUCAAGAUGUGACAGGAUCUAGAGGUGACCAUCUCACCUAUUAUGAUGGAAGCUGGUCUGUCACCUUCCACAGAGCCUGUCCACUUCAGCAGCAGCAGCAGCAGCUACGUCAAUAACACCAACUACAGCUGGACUGCCCACCUGGAUGCUAACUCACUGAGGGGCAAUCACACCCUGUCUCUGCAUGACAAGUUCCAUAAUGCUCUGCUGGGAGUUGUUCUGGGACUUCUUUCUCUCCUCACAGUCAUAAUGAAUCUGCUUGUUCUGUAUGCAGUAAAGAGGGAGAAGACCCUCCAUACCGUUGGGAACCUCUACAUUGUGAGUCUGUCUCUGGCAGAUCUGAUAGUUGGAACCACCGUCAUGCCUCUAAACCUGGUGUAUUUGUUGGAGGAUGAAUGGAAGCUUGGUCGGGCGGUUUGCCAGUUUUGGUUAAUUAUGGACUAUGUUGCUAGUACUGCAUCCAUUUUCAGUCUGUUUAUCCUGUGUUUGGAUCGCUACAGAUCUGUCAGACAGCCACUGAAGUACCUAAAAUAUAGAACAAGGGGGAAAGCCAGUGUGAUGAUUGCUGGAGCAUGGCUGUUAUCAAUGAUGUGGAUUAUUCCUAUUUUAGGAUGGAGGUCUUUCACACAUGUAGACCUGAAACCAGAAGAGGAGAAUAAGUGUGACACAGAUUUUCGCUUCGUCACAUGGUUUAAGGUUAUUACAGCAGUCUUUAACUUCUACGUUCCUUCAGUUUUGAUGCUGUGGUUUUAUACACAUAUCUACUUUGCAGUGAGGCAGCAUCUCCGGGACAGAGAGAGAAUCAUUCAUCCGACAGAUUCAUUUGAGAAUGAGAACGGACCACAUGCUCAAACACCAGAGAAAAGUCCUUCUAAAUCGCCCAAAAAGGAGUGUGAUAUUUCAAAGAAACACUCCAAAAAACAACGACUGCUAGACAACAACACUUUAGAUCAAACAUAUUCCUUUGAGGACAGCGACAGAACCAAAGUGGCUCCGUACAGAUCUCAAAGAAAAAUUGGAGCCAAGUGCCAGCAGACGUGUUUGCUUGCCAUGACAACAAAACGACUCAGAAUGGCACGCAAGGUCAAAAGGGGAUCCAUGUCACCUGAGGAGAAGCAGUCGGACACGGAGAAUCCCCUGAGACAGCCCUCAGCGCCGCGGGACGUAAUAUGUUCAGAGGAGACUAAUGAGAACAAACUACAGGCAUCUGUAAAUGAAUGUCACGUCACUGUACCAAACUCAGUCAGUGGCGUUUGUGAUAUUAAUCAGAUAUCGGAUCUGCAGAAAUAUACAUCUCCUAUAUACAAUUAUGAAGCCAGUCCCCCCCUUUCAUGGACUGAAGAAGGUAUUCAAGAUGCCAAAAUAGACCCAGAUAAUACAGUGACUCUGAGAAAGACAUGGCAAAAGUUUGUUGACCAGUCACGCCAACGCAUCCAAAGCCUGAGGAUCCAUAAAGAGCACAAGGCGGCCAAGCAGCUGGGCUUCAUCAUCGCUGCUUUCCUGCUGUGUUGGAUCCCGUACUUCAUAGCCUUCAUGGUCAUGGCGUUCUGCAAAGAGUGUGUGCGCCAUGACCUUCACAUGUUCACUAUAUGGCUAGGUUACAUGAACUCCACUCUAAACCCCUUCAUAUACCCACUUUGCAAUGGGAAUUUUAAGCGGGUCUUCAAAAAUAUUCUGAACAUUCGUUUGUGAGAGUCGGGGGGGGGGGGGGGGGGGGGGGGGGGCUAGCAAGAAGAACAAAGUCAAAAGUGCAAAAGUGUAUAAAUGCUGCUAUUGUUGACCGAUGAGGGGAAGACAGCAGUCUGAAGCCCUUUUCACACAUGAACUUCAAUGUCCAGAAAAUAACGUCUACACAAUGCGGUAUUGACCUCAAGUGUGAAGGAGUGUGUGACACAAAAAGAACAAUGAACACAUGAAUCAGUGACAUUCUCAUAGACAAAGAAAAUGUAAAUAACAGUAUAAUUGUGCUUAAAGAGCCAUCGGUUUUUGUUUGAGAUCCUAUUUUUGUAACUCACUGCACUUUGAUUCAGACGACUAUGAACAGUUGAGGUUACUGUCUGAUCCCAAUAUUAUUUAUUUUGUCGAUAUUAAGCUAAUGAUAAAAAAAAGUGUAACUUCAUUCAGAAACCUUUAACCUCAAAGGAAUGUGAUCUCUCACCCUUGGAACAGGGACGGUAGCACUUACUAGUUGUUGUUAUGAGUGUUUUAACAGACAGGCAAAGUAGGGUUUUUCCUCACUCUCACUGUACAAAGAUGUAAAAGAUGUAACAUGACACAUCAAUGUACUGAUACAAAAUAUUUACACCUUCAUAAGCACUGCAACAAAUUUCUGCUAAAACGCAUGUGGUCAAGUAUUUUUGUCACAUUGUUUUCCCAUCAUUAAAACAGGACACGGGACAUUAGUUGUCCUUUUUAAAGUCAGAUAAGAUGAAGCAUAAAUCCUUGCUAAUGUCUUAUACGCUCGAGGGGGCUAUUUUGGGGUGUUUAAUUUAUAUCACUCAUCAUUUUAGAGAAUUUCAGCUUGUAAGUUUUAUUUAAUGUAGUUUUUAACACAAAACUGCAAUUGCUUGAACGAUGUAUUGAAAUCUGGUGUUACAUUUCUGUGCUUUUUUUCUCUUUUACUGUCAUGAAUUGGGGAGUGUAUCAACAAAAUUGUAAUUUGAAGAAGAUAGGAAUAUACAUAUUGUACGUAUGCGUUUAUAUGAGCCAUAUAAUGAAAAUGUGUAUGAGCCACAUAUUUUGUCUCAUAAUUGCUAAGCUUUGUACACUGAUCUAUUUCAUGGCGUGAUUCAGCACCUCUUUUCAUGCCCUUAGCCAAAGAGGAACAGAUAUUAUUCUGUAAUACAGUUGAAAAGAUGAGACUAAUGUAUUGAGUUUGUAUUGAUUUAAUAUUUCUUAAGUGCAUCCAUGAGCCUCUAGAGACAAACCAUCACAAUCAUGCCUCUUCAGGUCUGCAAUGUUGUGGCACUAAACAGUACUAAGUGUUUUUAUAAGAAACAUUCACAACACUCUUGGAAUAAAUUACAGAUGUGUUCAAAUCCUGUCAUGUUUACUACAUUAUGUUUCAUUGUAUGUCAUUCAUCAACAAAAGAGUGAGUUUUCUACUAUGUCAUUGACAAUGUUAGGAACAGGGCUGUAAUACUUUUAACUGACAUGCUGAACUCCAUUGUGACGACUGUUUCCUGUGUACUGUGAACACUAAUGGGUUGUGAGUCACUACUAAGCAAAUUCAAACUAAAAAAUCAAAGAGUGGGAGUCACACUAAGUGGGGUGAUGAUGAAGUGUUCGAUUGUAGUGGGAGCAUCUUGCUUAUAUUAACAAAAUGCAGCCAGUUCCGGGAGAAAUUUUUAUAUCUUAGAAGUAUAGACUUUUUUUUUUUCUUGUAAAUCUUGACUGCAUAUUAGUGUAAAUUAUGUGUUGUAGAUGGUCAUUUGAGCAAGGAUUUCCAUUCUCUAUUAAACUCAUGCUGUGUGGUCUUGU